CCCGUAGACUGCAGAGGAUAGGCUACGCCAGUGAAUGGUACCAAAAAGUAACAUCGUAGCACUGCAUACAUUUAGGUUACCGAAUAGCAUACCAGGUUAUAUAUUCAAACGACUGUUUGGUAGUUUAUUUUUUUUAUCGUUCACACACACAUACGCACUCGGCAGUCUUCAAACACCACGUACGCACUCACUUGGUAGCCACCCUACAUCCGCCAGGGACCAACACUUGACGCCAACUGAGUUUUUGAAAAACAGACGUCCACCCCUGAAUUUACCAAAACACAUAUCGCAGGAAGAGAGGGAAAGUUGGGGGCAGGAUGUUGGGACUGGUCCGGGUUCCCGUGGCGGUGAGCUCCUUGGGGCUGCUGCGGCUCCUGGGGACUCCCUGGUCCUGGAGCCUGGCUGCGGGGCUGGGCGUCUACCUGGGCACUGGGGGCUGGAGGUUCCUCUACGUGGUACUCAGGACAGCUAAGAGAGACCUGUUUGGCCUGUACGUGCUCCUGCGGGUGAAGUUCUCCAUUCGUCGGCACCUGCGCCUGGGCAGCACCAUCCCCUCCAUCUUCGCCGCCACAGCGGCGCGCCACCCCGACAAGCCGGCGCUCGUGUGCGAGUCGACGGGCGAGACGUGGACCUUCGCCCAGCUGGCCGGGCGCUCGGACGCGGUGGCCCAGUGGGCUCUGGCCCGGGGGUGGGCGCCGGGCGACGUGGUGGCCGUGUACGCGGAGAGCCGCCCGGAGCUGGUGGCGCUGUGGCUGGGCCUGGCCAAGGUGGGCGUGGAGGCGGCGCUGCUGAACUUUAACCUCCGCCGCCACGCACUGCUCCACUGCGUCAGCGUGUCCGCAGCACGGGCGCUCGUGUUUGGAGCCGAGCUCGCCGACGCUGUGCAGGAGGUGAGUUCAUCGCUGGGCUCAUCCAUGCAGCUGUUCUGCACAGGUGAUCUGAGUGCAGAACUGCUCCAGUCCCUCUCUGCCCAGAACCUGGACCGUGUCCUGGCCUCCACCCCACAGACGCCGCCGCCGCCAACACACAACAAGAGCUUCAACGACAGACUCUUCUAUAUCUACACGUCUGGAACCACUGGGCUGCCCAAAGCCGCCAUCGUGGUACACAGCAGGUACUUCCGCAUCGCUGCUUUCGGGUACCACUCUUUCAGCAUGCGGUCAGAUGACAUCAUCUACAACUGCCUGCCGCUCUACCACUCAGCAGGUAACAUCAUGGGUGUGGGGCAGUGCCUGCUGCAUGGACUCACAGUUGUGGUGAAGAAGAAGUUCUCCGCCAGCCGCUUCUGGGACGACUGCAUCAAGUACAACUGCACAGUGGUGCAGUACAUUGGUGAGAUCUGUCGCUACCUCCUCUCCCAGCCAGUCCGUCCGUCGGAGGCAUCCCACCGCGUGCGUCUGGCCGUGGGCAACGGCCUGCGGCCCAGCGUCUGGGAGGCCUUCACCCAGCGCUUCCGGGUCAAGCAGGUCGGAGAGUUCUACGGCGCCACGGAGUGUAACUGCAGCAUCGCCAACAUGGACGGAAAGGUGGGGGCGUGUGGCUUCAACAGCAGGAUCCUGCCCGGUGUGUACCCCAUCCAGCUGGUGAAGGUCAACGAGGAGAGCAUGGAGCUGGUUCGGGACAGCAGGGGACUGUGUAUAUCAUGCAGACCAGGGGAGCCUGGACUGCUUGUGGGGAAGAUAAAUCAGCAGGACCCUCUGCGUCGCUUCGAUGGCUACGCCAACCAGGAUGCCACCAAUAAGAAGAUAGCUCACAACGUUUUCAAAAAGGGAGACGCGGCUUACCUCUCAGGUGACGUGCUAGUGAUGGACGACCUUGGCUACAUGUACUUCCGGGACCGCAGUGGCGACACGUUCCGCUGGAAGGGCGAGAACGUCUCCACCACCGAGGUGGAGGGCACCCUGAGCGGUCUCCUGGGCCAGGCAGACGUGGCGGUGUAUGGGGUGCCCGUGCCAGGAGCGGAGGGGAAGGCCGGCAUGGCGACGAUCGCUGAGGCCACUGGAGGCUUUGACUGUGAGGCGUUCCUGAAGGGGGUCCAGGCUGCACUUCCCCCUUACGCCAGACCCAUCUUCCUGCGCCUGUCACCGCAGGUGGACACCACAGGAACCUUUAAGAUCCAGAAGACACGGCUUCAGAGGGAAGGAUACGACCCAAGGCACUCCGCCGACCGGAUCUACUUCCUGAACAGUCGGGCAGGGCGUUACGAGGCUCUGACUGAGGACCUUUAUAGCGCCAUCACGGAAGGACGAGUGUGCAUCUGAGGCUGUCUGCGACCCUCUGGGGUUUACAGUCGCAUAGCAAACUAGUUAGGUAGACAGAUAGCUGUGUUGAUGGACACACAGAUUGUAAUGUGUAUGCUGAGGCAGACAAACUGACUGACUGAUAACCAAUCCCACUUAUACUAGGGCAUGGAUGGAUGGAUGGAUGGAUGGAUGGAUGGAGGGAUGGGUUUGAUAUAUAGAUGUGUGAAUGAAGGCCAGAUGGAGAUAUGGAUGAAUUAAUUAAUGGAUGGAUGGGCAGAAAGAUGGAUGGAUAAAUGAAUGAAUGUAGAGAGAUGGUUAGAUUUAUAGAUGUGUGAAUGAAGGGCUAGUUAGAAAUAUGGAUGAACUAAUGAAUGAAUGGAUGGAUGGAUAGACCGCAAGAUUGACACCUAAACUGAUGCAUAGACCAGCAUAAUGUUACUGAUGAACUGAGGUAUGCAGCGAUGAGUUAGCCGCCACAAACCCACAGGUCAGGAUGGCUUGACUGACAAAUCUCAUCAUAAAUACAUACAUAUGAAGAGGUAGACGGACAUGUUGACAAGUAGACUGACUAGAAUAGCUGGAUGAAGACUAUCAGUUGGACAGACUGGUAGAUAAACUCUGAAACACGCACACAGAGAGAGAGAGAGAGAGACAAGAGUGUCUGCUUAUUCCUGUCUGUGUGGCAGGGCUGUUUUUGCUAUCUAGGGUGUGCUGUGUGAUUGUGUUUGUGUGUAGUGGAGGCAUUAUGGAGGUGGGGGUGUGGGGUGGAUGUAUAUCACCAGCACAUUCUGCUCACCAAUCACCAGCCCCCGCAACCCCCCGCUCCCGCCUGCCACCGCAAAGUAGACGGCUCCACCAAAAGCCCUACCGGCUGUUAAGGAAGCGCUGUUCUCAGGUCUCUGGGAAUCAAUACUGUGAAGAAAUUUUUUUGUGUGUUGAACCGUGCAGCCUGGAUAACGACUGACUCCGAGUCUGAUCUAACCCUGAUCCGGCGGGUCUGUGAGCUGAGAGUUAGCUGCUAUCUGGGCGGAUAAUACACAUAGGAGGAUGUGUGUUGGUAGGUGAGUUAGUCAGAUGUAGCCAUUGGACGAGAUGUUCAUGAAGUAGUGCUGUGUCACUGCUAUUUCAGUUUCUUUAUUUUAUUAUUCUAUUAUUACUCUAUUAGUGCCGUGUAGUUGUUUUACUUUAAUUAAUGCCGUGUCAUUGUUAUUUGACUUUAUUUUAAUAUUUUAUUUUUGUUAGCUUUCCAUUGGCACUGAAACUCAACAAGCACUAGGCACUUCAGAGGUAACUGUGAUUAGCUGUCAAUGAUCCUGGUGUUUAUUUAAUUGAUGACAAGCUUAAUAUCAUAAGAUACAUCUGACCAUUUCAUGCUGAGUGAGUCAGGUUAAUGAACAAACAAGCAAACAAAAACACUGAAAAAAAAACUCCAUUUCCAACUGUAUUCUAUCUUCUAUCUUCUAACAGCUAUCUGGACUGCUCUUCUAUUGUUAGCUUAGCUCAUUGUUACUUACUGGUUAGCAUGCUACUUAGCAACAGGAGCAUCUGCCACUGUGGGUGACAUAACGGCAAACGCUAUAUACCUCUGAAGUUCGCCUACAAAAAAUGCUACCAUCUUUGCCCAUAUAUGGAGAUUCCUGGUAUCUUGAGAUUUUUCCUAUGGGAAAAUAACAUGAGGAUUUGGAAUUAUCACACCUGUUAAACUCUUGCGGGAAAUUCAAUUGUUUUGCUCUACACACUUUUGUCCUCUUCCUUCAAGUGGAUACUGUGAUCUCCGGUACGUGAAGGCGGCACACUUUGAUUUUUGCUACCCCAGAGCAAACUUGCGAUGCAACUUCCCAUUAAGUUAGUUAGCAAAUUAGCUCUGGGGUAGCAAAAAUCAAAGUGUGCCACCUUCACGUACCAGAGAUAACAAUAUCAAAUCGAAGGCAGAGGACAAAAAUGUGUGUUCAGGAAGACGUCUGCAUUUCAGACUUUUUUAUCCCCGCAAGAGUUCAACAGGUGUGAUAAUUCAAAAUCCCCAUGGAAAAUUAGCCAGAUACCGGAUCUCAAAGGUGGCAGCUUUUUUGUAGGCGAACUUCAGAAGUCUAAGCCCUAGGUGUCUGACUACUAAUGUGUUUAAGCAAAAGCACUCAUAUUGAUAUGCUGUAUCUGUAGGUCAAAAGACUGUUAAUCACAGAUAGGGCAAGACUGAAUUGGAUGUAAACCUCAAGCUGAUCUAUGCUGACUAAGAUGUUACUGUAUUAAUGGUUGAUUUGGUGUGUGUGUGUGUGUGUGUGUGUGUGUGUGUGUGUGUGUGUGUGUGUGUGUGUGUGUGUGUGUGUGUGUGUGUGUAUCCAGUAAGAGUUCAAAUGCAUGUAUGUGUUUAUAUGUGUAUGAGAGAGAGCUAGAGAAAGAUGUGAUUUCAAAAAGCAAAAGUAAAACACACAUAAUGUAUCCCAUCACAAUAAGCUCCACCCAUAUCUUUUGAUGCUGCUGGGUGAACCAAUCAUGACGUCUUUGAACCACACUCCGGUCCGAGUAAGAAAAAAAAAAAAACACUGCACACUUUGAACAAAAGAAUAUACAACUAUGCCUUUAAUACGCUAUGACAAACCCAUAAGUGCCUGACUGUAAAUACUGACAAAGUAGUGAAUCAUUUCUGCCAGAUCUGGCGGGCGGACUCUAAAGCACCUAACCCUCGAACUGAGACAGAGGUUGAUCUGUUUGUACUCCAUUGAGGAAUUGGAAUAAAUGCUCUAACUCUGACAAAACAAGGAAACCAUC